AUGAAGUUAGAAGUAGUGGAAGAUGAUCAAGACCCUUCCUUAUAUAUUGAUUCCAAUGCUCCCCAGAAAGCGGCCUCUAAAGGAGGUCUAUUCCCAUCGCCUCCAUCCUUCCACUGUCCGGCCAACUCAACCGGUGUGGGCUGUUUGGCAGACUUUCUUCGCCUCGACAUCACCUCCUCCGAUCAUCGUCGUCUUCGUUUAGAGGUCUGCCCUUAUGCUCAAAUCAACAAUAGAACAGAAGUAUAUGGACAAGAUUUCAAGCAAACUAAUGAUGACGAGGAAGAAGGGGAGAUGUACUAUGGAUUAGCUACAACACCAAUCAAUAGUCCAAUAAUGACGUUUGGACCGAUCUACAACUUCACUUCGAUUGAUUUUAUGGUUAACUUACAACUGGGAGGUGGACCGAUGUCCCACUUGGGGGUAGGGAAUGAAUCGGAAGUAAGGCAUCAUGGAUGGGUUAAAGGUCUCCUCUUUGAAUAUAUCUGUAAGUUUGUUCGACCUUUUUGUUGCCAAAAUUGA